GACAGAAAAUUGAUCUCAGAUUCUCAGCAACAAAGCGGGCAGCGGCUUCAAAAGAUUGACAAUUCAGUAUUUCGGGUGUGUCCACAAAAAGUUUAAAUAAUUUGUUUGAAAUAUACAAAAUGUUAGUGUAGAAAUAUAUAAAAAUGUGGACCUCGUGUAUAAUUUUAUCGUCGCUAUUAAUUGCAACCGUAAGAAGUAGUUAUUACGGUAGCGAAAGUCUUUCAAAUGGUAUUCACAGAGAAGAAAAAGUCGAAGGCAGGGACAUGGUCACUUGGUGUACAACAUCUAUACCAGAACAAACGAAAUGCGAGAAACUCGCAAAGGCCGUGUUACAAGACAAGGGUUUGUUUGGGAAAGAUUUCAUUGAAAUUGAAUGUAAAAGGGCGUUUGAUGUAGAGGAAUGUAUGACAUGGGUGGACCAGGGUGAUGCGUCCCUCCUUGCUUUAGACGCAGGUGAGGUAUAUGUCGCUGGACGAUACCAUUCCCUUGUACCGCUGUUACAAGAGCUCUAUGGUGCUGGCGAACCAUAUCAAUAUGCAGUAGCAGUGGUGAAGAAAGGUUCUCUACCACAUGUGCAGCCUGGUAUUGGGCUGGCUGCUCUCCGAGGAGCGAGAGCCUGCUUCCCUGGUGUGGGAUCGCUGGCUGGAUGGGUGAUGCCUGUACAUGUGCUUAUCAGAGAAGGUGGUUUAAAAAUAACAGACUGCAACAAUCACGUUAAAUCUGCAGUUGAGUUCUUUGGUGAAUCUUGUGCACCUAAUUCACUGAAAGAUAUGUACAACCCUAUUGGAGAUAAUCCUGACCAGUUAUGCAAGCUAUGUAUCGGUGGUCCGGGAAUACGUUGUACAUUAGCGGAUCCAUACGCGGGGUAUGAAGGAGCGCUAAAAUGCCUUGUUAGUAACGGAACGGGAGAAAUUGCCUUUGUCAGAGAUACCACUAUACAACAUGCUUUAUUAUCGCACAAGAUUUUGGGUGGGGUAACAGAAUCAGACUUUGAACUGAUAUGUCGUGAUGGAUCUCGCGCGUCAGUAACGUCAUGGGAGACUUGUAACUGGGGUCGAGUCCCGGCAGAUGCUGUGUUAACGUCUAGUGUUGCUACGUCUGCGCAGAGGGCAAAGUACCAAAACCUAAUAAUGAAAAUAGUGGAACUGUACGGUGAACCGAAUCCAAUGAACAAAAUGUCGAAUCGAACGGACGCAUACCAACAAGACGCGUAUGGGAAUUGGUUAUCUUCUACUACGGAGAAAGCGCGGUAUUUCGAUCAGUUUAGAAGAAACCAGUUUGAUAGACAGGCUGAUGAAGACAGUACAUUAUCUCCAUACAAGCCAAGAGUAGAUGGGCGUGGUCAGCCCAUUGAGUUACCGUUUAAACUGUUUCAAUCGGAAGGAACUACAGAUUUGUUAUUACAGGACGCAACAAUAAGUUUCCGCGUGCUAAAAGAAGAGGAGCAAGCUGCACAGCACAUUCUCAACAAUAAAUACGUGGGCGAGCAAGCGGAGAAAGCCGUGAUCGGUAUACGAGACUGUCCGGUGAAACGGGCUGUGCUGUGUGUCACUAGUGAUCCUGAGAUGGAGAAGUGUGUUAAAAUGCGGGUGGCGCUAAAAGCAGCCUUCCUUUCACCCGUACUCGUCUGCUGGAGAGCGCAUUCAGCAAGACACUGCGAACGUGCUAUCGCAGACGGUACAGCGGAUAUGGCGUUGUUGGACGCAGCUGAUAUGCUCCACGCGGCGUACCAGCACCGACUGGUGCCGUUCAUGCAAGAGGUCUAUUCAAGCGGUUACAGCUGGUACUACGCAGUGGCCGUUGCCAAAGAGCAAGAUCCGGACACAGAUCUGACAUAUCUAAGAGGAAAGAAUACAUGUCACACGGGAAUCGGAAUGGCGGCCGGUUGGAUAUACCCGCUCGCGUAUUUGAUGUCUAAUGGCUGGAUCAGGCCAUACGGGUGUGACGGAGCGCACGCGGCCGCGCAAUACUUCGCGAAGUCGUGCGCGCCCGGUUCGCUGAGCACGGAGUACGUGGACUCCGGGACGGUUCCACAUGAUAAUCUGUGCCACCUGUGCCAUGGCGCUUCUUUCCGGCGGUGCCGGCGCGACGCGAGCGAGCCGUACUACGGGCACGCGGGCGCGCUGCGCUGCAUGGUGGAGGGCGGCGGGCACGCGGCCUUCGUGCGGCACACCGCGCCGCACGAGGUGGCCGCCGGCCGCAAGCGGGAGUGGUGGGCGCGCGACCUGCUGCCCGACGACCUGCAGCUGCUGUGCCCCGACGGUACAAGAGCUAAAGUGCACGAAUACAAGAACUGUAACCUCGGUAAAGUCCCGGGUUCGGUGCUCAUGGGGCGCGCUAAUCACACAGAAUUGGAUACGUUCUCAAAUCUCAUGCUGUACGCGCAGCAGUUCUAUGGAGCCACUGUGAAUGAUGAUUUUAGCUUCAGCAUGUUCUACUCGCAACCGCCAUACGCCGACCUAAUCUUCAGCGACGCAGCUGUCCGUCUAAAGCCCCUGCCACACUACAAGCGAUCAGCUGAAAUUAUCGCGGGCAAAUCGCUUCCACGGGCGGCUAGAAUUGUUUCGUGUGACGCGCCACAAGCUUCUUAUUAUAUCGCGUCGGAUCCAGACUUUUUGUCCAACGCGAAUAGAGAAUAUGUGUUUGUCUAUGGCAUUGUUUUUGCAUUGUCUAUGCUGGCUUUAUUACGAUGAUUACAGAAAAAAGUACCUAAAUAUUAUGUAAUCAAUAAGUCAUUCUCUUUUUCGUUAAAUUUAAAUAUUUCUUACAUUAAUGUCUGUCCAAUUAUACUUCAAAUUAUGUGUGUCCAACGCACCAUGUGUUGGACACACAUAAUUUUGCGUAGUCUACUCUCGCUUUGUUGAGAUGAUCUUAGGGGGAAUAGACUACUGGAAAAAGCCAUUGUUCCAUGGAUUUUUUUUUCACAAAUAUUCACAAGUAUUCAAGAAUUAAAUGAUUUUAAUAAAUUGUAUACUGUAUAGUGUAAUUCUGAAAAAUGUGGUGGCCUUAUUUUCUUUUGAUUGGUAUUUACAUACUAGAAUAUGUAAUUCGUGAAAUGCUUUACAUGCAAUGCACUUUUGAUCAGAUUUUAUCCAUAUUGAUAUUAUCUAUUUUUAGUUUAUAAGAUUAGGAAUAUUUCGUAAUAUUAAAUAUAAUAUUUCGUCCGUCCAAUUAUACUUAAAGUUUUGUGGCUUUACGCACAUGACGUAUUACCUCUUAGGAUGUUUAUUUUUGAAUGGAAUCUAAUAGAUAUUCAUUUUUAUAUUACAAAUGUUUCUUGCAAUUUAUAAAUAAUAAGUAAGCACGAUUUACUUAGAAGAAAUAUUGUACACAAAGUUAAUUUAAAUGUCGUAUUUAUAUUUUAUAUUUUUCUUAUUAAUAAGAAGCACUGUGUUUAUAUUUUAAAUAAGUUUAAAUAUAUAAGAAUCCAUCCAAUGAUAAGUGCCUGAUAUUAGUAUGUAGCAUAGAUUUAAUCCGUCCAUUUUAAAUCAUGACUCUAGGGGUUUCUUAAACAUACAUAAUUAUUAUGUUUCUCCAAUAAAACAAUUUUAUACAAA